UUGAGUAACGAGACACCAUGGUGGCUGUCUUGGUGAUCGGCGUGGUGUGUGGGGCCGGUGCAGCCCUGAUGGUCGUGGUGCCCAUGAUCUUGUACAAGUACACCAACUGCUGCGCCAGCUGCAAGAAGAAACACAAAGACCACGAAGCCCAGAAGAGUGUGGCCAUGGCCAAACCAACUCAGGAGUUUUACAUCCCAUCGGAGAAGGUUCCCGUCCAGCCAGGCGUGGUGACCGUGCAGGGCCAGACGCCCCUGGGCUCGUCCCGUCCGGACCUCCGGAGCCAGAUCUCCCACUCGCGGCAAUCGCUGGUGGGUACGGCGGCCAGCAGCGAGGCCGACCGGCGUAGCCUGACCAGCGAGUCCAGCAUUGGCGGUUCCUUCGAGUCGGACAUCGGGGCGGUGCAGCCCGAGCUGUACGCCCGGACCAACGAGGUGUUGGUGCUGAAGGAACAGGUCGAUACGGCCAAGAAGAAAUGUAACCGCGGACGGUUGCACGUCAAGCUCAAGUACGAUUUCAACACCUCAGAUUUCGUUGUCCGGCUGAUUGAAGCUGAGAAUCUUCCCGCGAUGGAUUUCGGCGGAACGAGUGAUCCGUACGUCAAACUUUCCUUGGAACCUGACCGUGACAAACGAAUCAAGCAGUCAAACGUGCAGAGGAAAACUCUGAAUCCAACUUUCAACGAGAGGUUCAAAUUCCCCAUGACGUUCGAGGAGACGCACACCAAGACGCUUCGGAUGAACGUCUUCGAUUUUGACAAGUUCUCCAGACACGACGCCAUCGGUGAAAUCACCAUUCCCCUGGGAGACAUAGACGUGUCUCGAGAAGUAGACGUCUGGAGCGAUCUAGAGGACCCUCAGGCGAGGCACGGUAGUUUGGGAGACCUUCUGUUCUCCAUCAGUUACCUGCCGACUGCAGAACGCUUAACCAUCGUCCUCAUGAAGGCGCGGAAUUUGAAAACUAUGGACAUCAGUGGUAGCGCUGAUCCGUUCGUCAAGGUAACUCUUAUACAAGGAGGGAAAAGAAUCAAAAAGAAGAAAACCACGGUCAAAAAGAACACCUGUGAUCCGGUGUGGAACGAAGCGAUCAUCUUUAAUGUGCCGGCCUCUGCUCUGAAAACCUGCUGCUUAGAGGUAAUGGUGGUGGACUACGAUCUUCUGGGCCAGAGCGGGAAGAUGGGGGUGGUCCUGGUGGGGGGAAUGUGCUCAGGACUCGGCAAGACCCACUGGAACGACAUGACCCAGUCCCCGAGGAAGCCCGUGGCCAUGUGGCACACACUGCAGGAUUGACGUUAGGAACAUUGUGGCGGUGGCAGCCUCGUCAUUAGUGAGACUUCCACCAAAAAGUUUGUUGAAGGGAGUUAGAUUCAAGUACAUUGUACAACUACCGAUGUUAUCGAGAAUAAAAAAAAGGACCAAGCUUUAAUAAGGCAGUUCACCCAAGACUGCGGUUUGUUGUAGUUUUUAAAAAAAAUGAGACCAUUUCUCUUAUCAGUUGAUUUGGGCCACACACGAUUACUCCAAUCUUCUAGUGCUUCCUCUGCUAUAAGCAUGACGAAUCAAUUGACAUUUAAAUGCAAAAUAGAACUUGCCAAUAUCAUAAAUAACACGUACCACGAAAACUAUCUUAACUGUCUGAAAAAAAUAAUCCAAUCCAUGUGGACAACAGUAUAGUAAUACAUAUAUGUACUGUAGUAUGGAUAAGAUGUGCAAAAUACGUUUUAGCUGACGGACUUUGUGUAUCUUAACAAUACCCCCUUACUUUUUUUGGGGGGGAGGAAACAAAUCUUAGACUGCUGCUUUUAAAUAACACCUGUUCCUUGGAAUUAUUGAACUGCACGAACAGGCUUAUAAUUUUUUUAAUGAAGAUAUGCUCUCGACAGAGGGCGCUGUAGGGGUAACCAGAGUUCCAACCACAAGCAAAGCGAACGCGUCAGCAGAUUGGACCAAAAUGCUGCACACCCUCUUUAAAAUGGACUCUUUUGCGGUGUCCACUUUAAACGUCACUUUAACCAAUCAACUUACUCGUGCCUGCGUACGUAUAGGGCUUCGACCGGAGAAAUGGUUCAGUUUCCAAGAGUUGGUCCACAAAAAUGCAUUGAAAUAAUUAUGAUUUGUAAUGAAAAGAAAAUACUACUUCGACAUGAUGACCUUCUAUCAUUGCCGUUUUCCAUUCGUGCAAAAAAAAUCGUCGCCGCUGGUGAUUUUCUUUACACAGUCAAAAAGACCAUAGAGCACAGAAAACACAAUUUGAGUAAAAUUUGUAUUUUAGAAAAGUAUGUUUGAUGAAACGGUUUAAUUCCUAAUUUAAAUAGACUUCAGUCGCUCUUUAAAUUGACGGUUUAUGUUCUGAGAAGCCGGUUUGGACUCAAGAUUUAUUUUCCCUUACAACCCUGACAGAAAUAAAAGAGAGGGCGCCAGAUGUUGACAUCAGUUCUUGUUUUGUAGGCGUGAAGGCAUUACCAUGUAACUGAGUUCCUUCGCGCGCUGUGCAGUACGCUUAUGCGAUGGUAUUGAGUGCUAGCCCGUUUCUGCUUGUGGUAUAGAUUUUAUUCACGAAUCGGCCGUAUUUAAUUGAAGCGAGGUAAACUCUUCAUUUUUGGAAUAUGCGAAUGGAAAUGAAAGCAAUGAAAUAAAAUUUCAUUACAGAUUAAUACCAGUCUGCUCUCUGAUGAAUAGUUAGCAAAAUUGUGAUUAAGCAUACCCUAAUGUUUUAAGCCACAUUGAAAAAAAAAAUUAAAGUGAGGCUUGGCACGGACUCCAAUCUUUAAAAAGUAUGGCACCAUCCAAUUCAACAGUUUACUAUGUAUACAAUUGAUUCAAGGAACACGAUCAGAAAUGGCUUCCUCGCGAAAAAGGUCCAUACCUAUUCUGUAUUCAAACAGAAUUUCCUUGAGUUUUUGGUUGUAUGAAGAUUUUUGCAAGAGAAAUAUUGCCCGCGAAAAGCUUUAGACAGGGCGCUCUCUUUAAUCAGCCGGAACCGAAAUGACGGAUAAUAACACAUACGGACCUAACAAAAGUUUCUGUCUGUUAGACAGGAUCGUCUUCAAAGGCUCUGUUCGGUGAACUUGAACUGUGGUUCGAGCCGAUAUUUGUGCUUCUGUGAACUAAAUUCACCGUGUUUGUAAACUUAAUUAUCGUAAUGUAUGCACGCUUUAAUGUAAGAUUUUUAAAGAGAGUAUUUUUGUAACAAGAUUCGUAUGUAUAUGUGACAAAUGGUGGAUGUUUCUGGGCCAUUACUACAAGGCUAAAGGGUUCACUUUGGAACGCAAUAAUGGUAUUAAUUGUCAAUUAUCAAUUUCUAUAUGUGGAAAAUAUUAAAUUAAAGAGACAGUGGUCAGGGUCCGAUGUGAUAGAGCACGUACUAGAUCAAGUUGUUUACUCAUUCUUCGUCAUUUACUUAGAUUGUAUAUUUUUUGGUAAGCAUGUGCUGACUUUUGUCUUUUCCAUCAUGAAGGGUUGAUGACGUUUCACACAAUGCGACUACGUUGAUCAGCCAUUCUUCUGUUUGCAUAUAUUUGAAAUAAUAGUGUAAAAAGUUAGUGCUUUAGAUCAGCUUUUAUGGUAUGCAAGUCUUACGUAUAGAAUGUUCCCGGCCAAUUUGAUAAUAUCCCUGUUCAUUUUAGGCCACGAUAAAAUCAAGAAAUAACUGGUUAUAAUAUUGUUAAGUGUAAUCAGAUUACUAACCCUUUAACUCGGGUUCCUGCUAACAAUUGUUCUUGACCAUGCAUAAUUGAAUUGUCUAUUUUUUGUGGUUUCAAUCGAAUUUUUUAUCUCCGGUCGAAUCAUGCUUCUUGGUUGCUACUUUUUUUCCUUUUGUCAUGGCUUCCAUUGUUUGAUUUGUUUUUUCCAUUUUGGAAAAUUCUUUAGGAUCAAUUAGAAUAUUUUCGUCUCAUUUACAUUUUUUGUUGGCCUAUAUUCUAUUUUUUGUUUCUUACUAAUUGUUUUUUUUUCCCGAAGAGCGGUAAAGAAAGCAGUGGACCUGACACGUUUUGAGCCAAUAUCAAAAAGUAACACAUUAUCUUUGACGUGAUAGGGGGAAAAAACACAGUCACCCCUUCAUACAUAAUACAGGGUGGCCUAAAACAAAUUGCACUGUUUCAGAGGCAGAUUUCUCAAAAUUUGGGACACACGUUGAAAUUAAUUAAAAGGUAUUCCUAAGCUACACAAUCUUGGUGGUGUUUGGUGAAAGCGGCGUUGAAAAUAAAGCUGAAGUUAAGAAAUAGCGGCCAUUUACAGAAAAUGGUCGAAAACUAGUUUGUCCAACUCUGUGGCAGUCAUGUAGAUCUCAUUUUGCUGUUCUUUUGUGCACGUUGACGUUGUGCUACAUGUAUUAUGUUGACUAUCAUAUCUCGUGUGGACAAACUAGUUUUUGACUAUCUUUCUUAAAACCAUCGCCAUUUCUUAUAUUAGGCUUUAUUUUCAGCGCCGUUUUCUCCAUACAUGUAUACUACGAAGAUGCUUUAGUUUAGGAAUAUCUGAAAACAAUUUUAACGUGUCUCCCAAAUUUCAAGAAAUUUGCGUCUGAAAAUGUGUAAACUUUUUUGACCACCGUGUAGAUUGAGCUUUGUAUGCGGCUAGGAAAAUGUGUGCAAAGAAGCUGUACCAUAUUCUAAAUCUUCAUUUCUCAUGUAGUCCUUAUUGUUUUUGAAGAGUUCUUGAAGUACACACGGAGUAUUGUGGCACAUAGAAAUGCAGAUACUCGCCCUUUGGAUCGUAAACAUGUAUCUUGUGGUGGAAGUGUAUAUUGGGCCAAUUGUCGCACCAAAUGGAAUGAGUAUAGGUGGAAUUUGAUUGGGGACGUAAUGAAUAUGUUCUACGAAUACUAGGCCUAUAAUAUUGAAAUUGAAUGGUUUUUGGUUCAAGUUCAAUUAAAACGGUCAAGAAUUCAAUCAAGGUAGAACAAAAUCUGGAAAUCUAAAAUAAUUAUGUUGUAACCAAAUUAUGAAAGUUUAUUGAUGCUAUCUGUGUGUUGUUGGUUUCCCUUCGAAAAGAUAUGGUUAUCCAUAUUUUUCAGAAUCGAUUUAACGAUGUUUAAGUAGUUUGGAUGUAUGUUAUAUUGUGACUAGUAAUUGUGUUGAUACUGAUAAAUAAUUUGAAUCAUAACUAAUGUAAGUAUAUAACUACUUGUAAUAUUUCAGAGCUAUAUUUAAUUAUAAAAAUGUAUAUGAGAUAUUUAAUUAUAAAUAAUUACCAGAGUAUUGUAAAUAUUGGAAAGUUCUAAGAUGUAUUUAAAAAAAAUUAUGUAAAAUCACUUUAUAUUAGAUUAUAUUAAUCAACUUGUUUUAUUAAAUUAUGAUAACAUUUAGUUAUAACACAUAAUCGUUGUUAACACAUCUGGGUGUAUUUUGGAAGACAUGGUGCGUGUUACUGUUACCUUUGAUGUCAAUAACACAUGGAUUUGAAAUUCUUA